GGAAUGCCCCAACCCAACCAAUUCAACGUAUCAAUCAGCUGCCUCCAACAAUCUGACAAGCAUUACGUUAAUCAUGUCUCCUUCUCUUGUCGCACCAUCAUACAUCCCUUUUCACCUAAAGCUCUGUGAUCUCCGGCGAUCCACCACCACCGAGCGGCCAUGCUUUCCACUCAUCCAUUGCACGGCCAGCAGGCAAUCGCCGGCGUUGGGAAAAUCGACCCAUUACCGGCCCAACUCGUGGAGCAACGACUACAUACAGUCACUCACCGUUAAGUCUCCUGUAGAGGAGAAGGAUCGGACAAGGAGAAUAGUGUUGCUGAAAGAGAUAAUUAGAAAAGUAAUAUGCGAGAAGAAGGAAGUGGAAGAGCAGCUCCGGCUGAUCGACCACCUGCAACAACUUGGAGUGGCUUACCAUUUCAAAGACGACAUUAAAGAUGCUUUAGCUAGCAUUCAUGCAUCACUAGAAGACAUAAUUAGCUUGCAGCAGAAGGAUACUGACGUCCAUGUCACUGCACUUCUCUUCAGGCUUUUUAGAGAAAACGGAUUCUCGAUCACAGACGAUAUCUUCAAGAGUUUCAGGGAUGGGAACGGCCAGUUCUUCGAAUUUUCCGUCGAAGGAAUGCUGAGUUUACAUGAGACAGCUUUUUACGGAACAGAGGAGGAAGUGAUACUGCAGGAGGCCAUGGAUUUCACCACCCGGAACUUGAGAAAUCUCCUGGACCAAGGAUCCAUUACUGAACCUGGCCUAAAGCAGAAAGUGUCCUAUGCGUUGGAGCUCCCAUUGAACUGGAGGUUGGAAAGACUACACGCCAGGUGGUUCAUACAAUUCUGCAGCCAAAGCAACAAAGACGAGUGCAGUAUGAUUAAUCCUGUACUUUUAGAAUUCGCAAAGUUGGAUUUCAACAGGGUUCAGCAUACGCACAAGAAAGAACUCAGCAAACUUUCGAGAUGGUGGGCAGAUCUUGGACUCGCACAGCGUCUGCCAUUCUUCAGAGACAGGUUGAUGGCCAACUACUUGUGGACCGUUGGGUGCGCCUUUGAACCAGAAUAUUGGAGUUUUCGAGAGAUAGAGACCCAAGCCAAUUGCUUCAUCGCACUGCUGGAUGAUGUUUAUGACGUCUACGGCAAGUUGGAAGAGCUUGAGAUAUUCACAGAUGCAAUAGAGAGGUGGGAUGUCAAUGCGGUCGACAAACUCCCAGAUUACCUGAGGCUCUGUUUUCUGGCCGUCUUCAACACAGCAAACGAAGCUGCCUAUCGAGUACUCAAAGAAAAAGGGUUUAACGUACUGCCAUAUCUAAGGAGAUCUUGGAGUGAUCUCUGCAAAGCCUUUUUGUUGGAAGCUAAAUGGUCUCACGAGAAGUACACUCCCACAGUCGAAGAGUAUUUGGAAAAUGGAUGGAUCUCGGGAUCAGGGCAUAUCUUCCUCACUCUUGCCUACUGCAUGAGCCCAUACUUAACCAAAACAGACCUAGAAAAUUUCAGAACUUACACACAAUUUCUACAAUGGUCCUCCAUGAACUUUCGCCUCUGCAAUGAUCUCGUUGAAAUGGGAAGAAGCGAUGGGCCCUCGGCCAUCCACUGUCUGAUGCAGGAGAAAGAUGUUUUAGAGGCGGAGGCUCGGGAGAUGAUCAAGGAGAUGAUCAUGGCAAAUUGGAGAGCCAUGAACGGGGAUCGAGUGAAUUAUACAAAUAUGUUCGAGGAAAACUUCAAGAUUUGCGCGAUCAACCUUAAUCGAACGGCGCAGUUUUUCUACCGGGGUACAGAUAGAUACAGUGAGUACGAUUCAGAAAUCAAAGAUUCAGUGGUCUCAUUGUUAGUCGAACCGAUCUAUAUACGUACACUAUAUAGAUUUACAUAAGCUUAACGUUGGAAAUAAUAUGAAUGGAAAAGUUGUGGA